AUGCUCUGCGCCUGGACGGUGCUCCUGCUUGGGCCACUGCAGCUCUGCGCUCUGGUGCGCGGAGCCCCGCAGGCUGCAGGCCAGCAGCGGUCCCCGCGUGAGCCGCAGCCACAGCCACAGCCCGCCGCUCCGGGCGCCUGGCGUCACAGGAUCCAAUGGGAGAACAACGGGCAGGUGUUCAGCCUGCUGAGCCAGGGUGCCCAGUACCAGCCACAGCGUCGCCGCGACCCCGGUGCUGCCGCCCAGGGUGCCCAGAGCGCGCCCGGCCAGCAGCCCCGCACACCAGUGCUGCUGCUGCGUGACAACCGCACGGCCGCCGUGGCAGGGGCCACCGCCAGCCGCCCCCGGCCCGCCGCCCGCCACUGGUUCCAAGCCGGCUAUGCACGGUCUGGGGCCGGUGAUGCCAGCGCCUCGCGCGCGGGCAACCGAACGGCACAGGGCGAGCUCCCAGCGCUCAGUAACCUGCGGCCUCCCAGCCACGUGGACCGUAUGAUGGGUGACGACCCGUUCAAUCCUUACAAGUACUCGGACGACAACCCCUAUUACAACUACUACGACACCUACGAGAGGCCCCGGCCUGGGAGCAGGUACCGGCCCGGGUAUGGCACCGGCUACUUCCAGUACGGUCUCCCGGACCUGGUGCCAGACCCCUACUACAUCCAGGCGUCCACGUAUGUGCAGAAGAUGGCCAUGUACAACUUGCGAUGCGCUGCGGAGGAGAACUGCCUGGCCAGCUCAGCAUACAGGGCAGAUGUCAGAGACUACGAUCACAGGGUGCUGCUCAGAUUUCCCCAGAGAGUGAAAAACCAAGGCACUUCAGACUUCUUACCAAGCCGACCACGGUACUCCUGGGAAUGGCACAGUUGUCACCAACACUACCACAGCAUGGAUGAGUUUAGCCACUACGACCUGCUUGAUGCCAACACCCAGAGGAGAGUGGCUGAAGGGCACAAAGCCAGCUUCUGUCUGGAGGACACCUCCUGCGACUAUGGCUACCACCGACGAUUCGCGUGUACUGCCCACACACAGGGGCUGAGUCCCGGCUGCUAUGACACCUACGCUGCAGACAUAGACUGCCAAUGGAUUGACAUCACAGACGUGCAGCCUGGCAACUACAUCCUCAAGGUCAGCGUCAACCCCAGCUACCUGGUGCCGGAGUCAGACUACAGCAACAAUGUUGUUCGUUGUGACAUUCGCUACACAGGACAUCAUGCAUAUGCCUCGGGCUGCACAAUUUCACCGUAA